AAUGAAAUAAAAAGCCCCCUAAAUUUCUCCUAAUAAAUUGUAUGCAAGUCUUUUAAAAAAAAAAAAUGAAUCAGAUUAAUAAUAAAAGAUAGUGAAAUCUCCAGUAAUUCAAGGAAACGUGUAUAUUAAUUCAUUGAGGUAUGGCAUUGUUUGUAAAUUUAGAAAUAAUUAAGGAUAGUUAAAGGUUGAUGCCAAGAAAUCAAGACCAACGAGUGGAAAAGAUCUUAAAGAUAUAAGCACAGUGCUCUUAAAGAAAACUCAUGCUCGUUAAAAUAGUAAAAUCAUUGAGACCAAAGAAAAUUCAUAAAAUUUAACAUAAUCAGCAUUGCAAUUAUUAUAAAAAAUUAAAGCAGAACGUCCAGACAAUAAAAUUGGUUAAAUCUAAACUUCAAAGGAGAUUUUACAAUAUCAUUAGUAAUUAAUUUAAAAAUAAUAUUAAAAAUUACUUGACUUAUCAAAAUAAACAGAGCACAAUUAGUUAUAACAACAGCAAUAACAAUAAUAAUAAAAAUAAAAAUUAUUCAAAGGACCUCGCUCAAUUAGUAAUCCUGAUAUCUCUACUCUCUAACUCUGUAUUACAAAAGCACAUGCAAAAUCAAUACCUGGAAUGCUUUACACUGGUUAAACCAAAAUUAAUUAAGAUUCUUAUAAAUUAAUACAGAAAUUUGGAACAAAGGAAAAUGAUUGGUAUCUUUAGGUUUCUGAUGGUCAUGGAACAAAUGGACAUUAAGUAGCCUAAUUUGUAUAAGAAAUACUACCAGCCUACAUAGAAUAGGAAGUAAUGGAAGCUCCCUAUUACUAUGAUAGAGAUAAGUAAGAAAUUGAAUUAAAACAAAUUAGAACGAUAAAUAACAUCUUUAAGUAAUCCUUUUUGAAGACAAAUGAAGAUCUCUUAAGUUCUGGCAUUGAUGUGACCUACUCAGGAGCUACAACAGUUGUUGUAAUAGCAUUUGAAAACAUACUUUAUUGCGCAAAUAUAGGAGAUAGUCGAGCUGUAUGGAUUAUGAAAAUAUAUUUAGAUAAUAGGGAGAUAUGAUACUAAAUUAUAAGUAGUAGAAUUAUCAAAAGAUCACAAGCCUGAUUGUUUUUUAGAGCAAGCUAGAAUAAUUCAGAGAGGAGGCCGAGUUUAGGCAUAUAGUGAUGAGGAUGGGAAUCCUAUAGGACCAGCAAGAGUAUGGAAGGCAGAUGAGGAUGUACCUGGAUUAGCAAUGUCAAGAAGCUUUGGGGACUAUGUAGCAAGUUAAGUAGGAGUCAUUUGUGAACCUGAAAUCAUUAAGCAUUAACUAUUACCAUCAGACAAAUUCUUAGUUGUUGCAUCAGAUGGUAUUUGGGAGUAUUAUAAAUAAUUUAUUAAUAAAGAUUCUUAUCGAAUGAAUGGGUCAUCGAAACUGUCAAUGAGUAUUAUAAAAAAGGAGAUGCCAUGGGAGCAUGCAAUAAACUAACCUAAGCUGCAAAAGAAGCUUGGUAGAGGGAAGAUGAAGUAAUUGAUGACAUCACUGUCAUUUUGGCAUUCUUCAAGUGA